AUGUCUGAUGUUUUGAGUAAGAACCCGGAUCUGGAGUUUGACUGCUUGCAGCCUUUUUUUUACCCGGAUGAGGAUGAUUUUUAUUUGUGCGGCCCCGACUCUGCUCCCCCAGGGGAGGACAUGUGGAAGAAGUUUGAGUUACUUCCCUCUCCUGUCUCGCCCAGUCAAGCUGAGCUGCAGAAUGACUCCCCAUCCCCUGGACAGUUGCCUUUUCUGGAUGAUGGGUUGUCUGCUGACGGGGAUUCCUCAGACUGGGCAUCUGAGCUGCUUCUGUUGCCCCCGGAGUCUGACCUUUCGGGGGGACCUGACUGGGGCUUGAUGCAAAACGCAGGUCUCAACCUGAAGUCCAUCAUCAUCCAUGACUGUAUGUGGAGCGGUUUCUCAACAAAGGAAAAGCUGGAGAGGGCAGUAAGUGAGAAGUGGGGCAGAACCGUAAAAGCCACCGACACCUACCAGCCGGGGACCCUUCCUGCCAGCGGCAUCACAGGGCGAGGGGAGGAUUUGAGCAACCCUGCCACUCAAUGUGUCGACCCGGCAGCGGUUUUUCCAUUCCCACUCAGCAAUUGCAGUGGUGUCCAAGCUGGUGCCUUCUGCAUUGUGGCCCCUUCUUCAUCUGCCCCUUCUGCUGCCCCGAGCAGGGGCAACAGUCAUUCCUGCGCGACCAGCUCCAGCUCUGGAUGGGACACCCACAGUGAAUCAGAUUAUGAAGGAGACAAUGACGGAGAUGACGAAGAGGAAGAGAUUGAUGUCGUAACAGUGGAGAAAAGACCCACUUCCUCCGAGUCUAUGACAUCAUUCACAAUCACCGUACGCAAGAGAGUCAAGAGCAAGGCCACACAGAGCGAUUUGCUUCUCAAGACACCCGCCCCUGCUCAUCAACAACACAACUACGCAGCUCCUUCUCCAAAGGUGGGCACAGAGGAGGUGGUCCGCCCCCCAAAAAAGCCGGGAAACGAGGCGCCGAAGAGCAUUGUGCCGCAAGCGGCGGAAAGCUCAAGCCCACUCGACUAUGACUCGGAUUACAGCGAGAGAAAACAGAAGCACAACAUUCUAGAACGCUUGCGCCGCAACAAUCUGAAAUCCAGGCUGCUCGCGCUAAGGGACCACGUACCAGAACUUGCCAAAAAAGACAAAGCGGCUAAAAUAGUAAUCCUUAAAAAAGCCACCGAUUACGUCUAUUCCCUCCGGGCCAACGAGGAGAAACUCUUGCAAAAGAAGGAAAAACUUCAACUCAGACAGCAACAGCUGCUGAAGAAAAUUGAGCACGCAAAGAAGGGAGAAGAACAAGAAGAUGAAGAGGAGAAGGAGCAUUCAAAGAGUGUGUGA